ACCGGCGAUCGAUAAGUUGAAUGACGCGAUGGAUAAAGUAAGGGCUGAGUUGUUGCGAUCGGGUUGUGCGGACCUGGAGUUUAACGACCACAGAGAGGUGUCAUCUGUAUUGAAACCAUGGGCUCAAUACACGUCAAUCGUGACCACUAUAUGGAACGGUAUGUGGAGUGCGAAGGAUAUGGCGGAUAACCUGAGGCGUCAUAGUAGAGAACAAAACAUGAAGAAACUGUUCGAAGAUGUGUUCGCUAUGUUAUUCGACUUCGUGAAUGAAUAUCCCGAAUAUGAAGGGCGAGACUCAGAGAGUGAUAACUCGCCGGAGAGCACCGGUAGUGCCGAAGGGGACGACCGCAAGGCGGGUCUGGAGGACCGUGAGUUGCGUCGAGGCGAUGGGUCGGACGCCAACCACAACCCGGACACCGAGUUGGCCGCAAAUAUGGAGCACAUCCUUGUAUUAUCAGAUGAACACCACUGAAUAGUACCACUAAUCAAAU